UUUGGAGGCAGGUUAAGAGCGCUCGGUGGUCGGGCCACGCGUUUCUGAGAAGGUUCAAUGGCGUGGCAGGGGAUGGCGACCGAGUUCCUGCAGGUGCCGGCGGUGACGCGGACCUACACCGCAGCCUGCGUCCUCACCACCGCCGCCGUGCAACUGGAGCUCCUCAGCCCCUUCCAGCUCUACUUCAAUCCGCACCUCGUGUUCCGGAAGUUCCAGGUCUGGAGGCUCGUCACCAACUUCCUCUUCUUCGGGCCCCUGGGAUUCAGCUUCUUCUUCAACAUGCUCUUCGUGUUUCGCUACUGCCGUCUGCUGGAGGAGGGUUCCUUCCGCGGCCGCACGGCCGACUUCGUCUUCAUGUUUCUCUUCGGGGGUGUCCUUAUGAUCCUGCUGGGGCUCCUGGGCAGCCUCUUCUUCCUGGGCCAGGCUCUCACAGCCAUGCUGGUAUACGUAUGGAGCCGCCGCAGCCCCCGGGUGAGGGUCAACUUCUUCGGCCUCCUCACCUUCCAGGCGCCAUUCCUGCCCUGGGCGCUCAUGGGCUUCUCAAUGCUGCUGGGCAACUCAAUCCUCGUGGACCUCCUGGGGAUUGUUGUGGGCCACAUCUACUACUUCCUGGAGGAUGUCUUCCCCAACCAGCCUGGCGGCAAGAGGCUGCUGCUGACCCCUGGCUUCCUGAAGCUGCUACUGGAUGCCCCAGAGGAGGACCCCAAUUACCUGCCCCUCCCCGAGGAGCAGCCAGGACCUCUGCAGCAGUGACCCCACCCAAGGCCAGAGCCAGCCCCAGGGGCCCAUCUUCCCGGCCUCCGGCAGGCCCGCAUUCCCCCCGCAACCCCGGCUUGUAGCACAGCUACCUGUCCUGGAGGCUGGGCCAUGCCCAGGGCCCACCCGAAUAAACAAUGACCUGUAUCCUCUUCACACACAGCACUGGCCUUCCUGCCUCGGCUGGCCACACCUUUCCAUGCAGGGUAGGUGCUGCUGGCCUUCACCAAGGGCCACCAACCGAGCCUGACCUGCUCUCUCAGACCAAGAGCAGGUGGUAGGAUGGGAGGCCCAGGGAGGGUCCAGAACCUACCCACAAUUGCCCAGCAGAGCUUUGAGCUCUCAUCCCCACCCUGACUGUGCCUCAAUUCAGCCUUCAGUGAGGGGUGUCAGAUCUUGGUGGCGGGGCCAGGACUGGGCUAGCCGGUCAUGCUGAGCCCAGUCUGUGGUGGCUGCUGCCCGAGGGGCCCUCAGGCUGAUGCCUCUCUAGGCCUCUCCUGUCCCUCACCAGCAACCCACAAGGGGAGCUUUGCCUCAUUUUCCAGCUA